UCUGUCCUUAGUUCAUUUUGUAUAUUUGUGUAUAUUUAUCGUACCGUGAUAUUUUAUUCAUGAUGUCAAGAUAUCGAUAUGAAUAUAAGAAAAAUAUGUCUAAUUCUCGGAAUAUUAUCGAGAAUCGUUUUAAUCGUGCCAAAAAGCAAAACGAAACACGUAGGAACCAAAGAGUUGACAAUUUUAAUGCAAAUAGGAAGUUAUCAAGCCCUUCGCCGAAAAUACGUAACAGAGUGCAGCCAAUUCACAGAAAUGAUGAUCGUUCGUCUAAGUUUACAAAGUGGAGAGACGUACGUGAUAAACGAACAAGGCUUGAUCAAGCUAAGAAAAAACCACCUUUUGUUGUUGGAGUGGUGCAUCAUAAAAUUUAUUCACCAAUUAAUAAGAGCGUAAGUGCUGUUUCAACUAGAAAAAGGAGUUCUAUUCCAAAAAGAAUUACAAAAGCAACAGAAAAGAAAUUAAUGACUAAAGUAUCAGCAAUGAAAGUAAAUACAAAAGGAUUAAUUAAUGAUAAAAAAGCUUUAAAUAAAGGACAAGGAAAUCAAAGGAUACAUGGUCAAUCUUCUAUUUCUGACAAUUCCAAAAUUAAAUUAUCACGUACUCCUUUAAGUCCCACAGUGGUUAUAGAAAAACUGUCACCUACUAAAAUAACACCAUCGGUUUCAAAAAUAUGGAGAAUUCCCAGUAAAAACAAGAGUACUAGCCCAAAAAAUAGUUCCGUAGUAUUAAGUAAUACUUUUAAUCAUGACAGUAAAUUAUCAAUAAAAUCGAAAUCUGUAUAUGAACCAAUGGUGUUUCAUAGAAUUUCUAAUUAUAAAAGAAGUAAUACUAAUGGAAAACAGCAAUAUGAUUCUUGUCUUAGUCAUUCCACAAAUGACAUACCUACAAAAGGUACUGUCAUGGAAAGUUUGAAUAUUUCGGUUCAAGAAGACAAACUUAGUACACAAUAUUUUCAAUCUCUUUUGAAGAAAGAAACAAAUAGAUUAAAUAAAUUGUGUCAAAAAUGGAUGAAAGUUAAAACAGCACCUGAAACUCCACAUGAUGGACAGUGUCAAAUAAACCAAGCUAUUGGCCAAACAAAUUUGUUAAUAACCAAAAAAUUCGAAAAAUUUCGUGAAUUAAUUAUUGCUUGUGAAGCAGGAGAAGGAGAAAUGUUAGUUACAUGUAAAGAUUUGCAGGGAUUUUGGGAUAUGAUGUAUAUGGAGGUAAAAAAUUGUGAUUCACGAUUUGAGAAAUUGGAGAAACUGUGUUCACAAGGUUGGAAAGAAGAGGAGGUGCCUGAAGCAGUUUCUAAAAAAAAAACUAUUGUUAGGAAGAAAGUUGUAUCUAAUAAAACAAAUCCUAUUAGAGCUUUCUUAGCAGAAAAGAAAAGAAAGGUUGCAGGGAAAGUAAGAAAUGGUGGUGAUACAAAUGAACUUCAAUCUAAUCUAAAUCAAGUAGUAAAUAAUAGAUCUAUAAAAGAUAGAAGCUAUAAUCUAAAGCGUAAAACACGGUCUAUGUUCAUUGGCCCUAGUGAAAAUAAAGCUACACUUAUGAAACGUGAUAAAAGAUUAAGUUUAGUGCAAAAGAUACGAUUAUCUGAAAGAUCAAAGAAAAUUGAUAGUCCAUUAACAAUAAUGAAAAUAAGUCGAAUGUGUAAGACACCAAAAGUUCAAUUACAUAAUUUUAAACCCUAUGUUAAAUCUAAUCAAACACCAGGAAAGGGUAUAUUGAAACAAAGGAAGAGUCCAACUAAAGUAGAAUCUCCAGAGUUUAUAAAUAAAGUUAAUUUCGAUGAUCAUACAGCUUCAAAUAAAGUGCUAGUGGAUGAAAAAAUUGAAGAAAAGAAGAAUUUAGCUGUAAUAAUAUCAAAACUUAACAGUUCUGAUGCAGAUUGUUUUGAUCAAGUAUCAAUUAAUGCAAAAAAGAAGCUUGCCUUCGAUGAUAAUAGUUCUGAAGAACCAAUAUCUAAUACGGAACAACAUGUGCUAAGGAGAAGUUCUACAAAUAAAAAGAUUCAUAAAUUACCAUUUAUACGCAUACAAUCAGCAACACCAUUAAAGGAAUCAAAUGAAAAUAUUAGUACACCACGUAGGAGUACCAGAAGAAAAAAUAUUGGUUAUGAAGAUAAUCAGACGAUAAAUCAAACUUCACCAUUGGACGCAAAUAUUUCCAUGUUAUUUGAAGAAACUACAAAUGACACAGAUUUAAAUAUAUCAGAAAAAGAAAUACAAAAGAAUGUGUCUGUAACUGGAAAGAAAGAAGUAGUUGAAUAUAAUGACAAUAUAAGAGUUUUGAGAAAUAGAAUUGUUACUCCAGUGGAUACUCCUAUAAUUAAAAGAAGAUCUGGAAAAAUGUCUAUGAAUAUACAAGAUGUAAAGCAUAAAGAAAAUAAACCUCCUUUAUCGAGAAGAACAACAAUGAAUGCUUUUCAAGAUAAUGUUGAUGAUAAUGAAAGGAUGGAUGCAGACAAUUAUGCUGAUAUUACACAUUUUGAGAAAGAUAAUAGUAAAAGAAGAUCAACUAGAUAUAUAAAAUUUUCUGUAAAAGAAUACACUGAUCAUAAUACAGAUAAACCGACCCUACCUGUGACUCCCUAUAUUAGGAGUAAAGCACAUUCCAAUACAAAGGAAAGACUUUGGAAAGAAUUAGAUCUCAAACCAAAAAGGUACAGUCUCUAA